ACCGAUAUGAUAAUCAUGUUAAGAAAAGGAAGAAGAGCUCAAACUCAUGGUCUCGUAAUAUAUGCUUGCGCCGACACGGCCUGUCCAAACACAAACGUGUGUGUAAACCUAUGGUCGGGAAAGCAAACUGCUAGCUAACGUUAGCUAAGCUGAGGGACAAUCUCCCAUAGUUUCAUAACCGGCUUGUUAUUACUCUUUGCAGAAACCACCUCUGACAAACCUUAGAUUACAGAAUUAAAUGUUUUAAUACGUUUUAUUUAACCAACCGUCCACAUAAAUUAGCUUUUUACUGAUACAAAGUUAGCAUUGCCUCAAAAGUGGCCAUAAUAUAAAAGUUGUAAUAGUCAUGCGUAUAUCGACAUUUAUAAUCUUAAAAUUAAUAUUUAUAAUCUUCACAAUUAUUGUAAUUAAUCGAAUAUAAUUGCUAUAAUACAACUUUCGAUGUCUUACGUCUCGGACACUGAGCAUGCGCACAACGUGUUGUAAACAAUGACACUCUUCCAGACCAUCUUGAGCAUUGUGUCUACACAACUGUUUAUCUUUUAAAAGAACGAAGACUUUGUAUUGCUUACGCAAGAUAUAAAAUGAUCUUCGCUGAAGCAUGGAGACGGUUCUGAGCAGGCUGAGGGGACUGAGUGAAGACGAGCUGCGGCAGGAGUUGGCCAGAGCGGACCUCAAGUUCGGCCCCAUCACAGCCACAACCCGGGCCAUCUUUGAGAGAAAGCUGGCCAAGGUCCUCGCCGGGCCUGAGAGCGGUGCCACCGAAACGGACGGCCCCUCUGGCGCCGGCGCCUCGGGGGGUCCCGGCGCCGACCGAAGCGACCCCGUAACGUGUGCCGUGGCGGUGGCCGCCGUCGGCCGUGGCCCGCCGCCGGAGGCCGGGAGCGUGGAGGCCGACUUCGGCUACGGCUCGGGGCUCAACCCCCCCGAGGAGGAGGAGAUCCCGGCGCCUUCGCGGACCGGCUCCAGCAGCUCGGAGGAUGGCCCCGCUCAGCCCAGGACAGAGACCCCCUCCAAGGCAUCGCAGGUGUCGCCCACCUUCUUUUACGGGGUGUGUCCGCUGUGGGAGGACGUUUUGGCCAGAAACGAGAGACCCCACGUGUACACGGACAAGAAGGACGCCCUUCAGGUUGUGAAGAUGAUUAAGGGCGCUCGCUUCAAAGCCUUUCCCUCACGUGAGGACGCAGAGAAGUUCGCCAAGGGGAUGUGUGACUACUUCCCUUCCCCCAGCAAAUCCACUUCCUGUGGCCCGGUCAUGGCCAAAGAUAACACGGAGGUGGACGCCAUCAACCGGGAGCGAGCCAACAGCUUCAAGAGCCCCCGCACUCAGGACCUCACGGCCAAGCUGCGGAAGUCAGUGGAGAAAGGCGACGAGAGCACCUUUAACGACCUCAUCUGGAGUAAUCCCCGGUAUCUGAUAGGUUCAGGGGAUAACCCCACCAUAGUACAGGAGGGUUGCAGGUACAACGUGAUGCAUGUGGCAGCCAAGGAGAACCAGGCGGGCAUGGCCCAGCUGCUGCUGGACACCCUGGAGGACCCCAAGUUCAUGCGCCUCAUGUACCCCGACGACCAGGAGCACAUGCUGCAGAGACGCAUCCGCUACAUAGUGGACCUUUACCUCAACACCCCAGACAAGGGAGGCUAUGAGACUCCGCUCCACUUUGCCUGUAAGUUUGGGUGUCCGGACGUGGUCAACGUUCUGUGCUCCCAUCCGGACGUCGACAAGAACCGCAAGAACAAGUACGACCAAAAACCAUGUGAAGUGAUAUGUGAUAGAAAAAAUAAAACCCAAGAAGUGAAGCAGAAGAUCCUGGACUACUUGGAAGACCGCUGCUACGUCCCCUUAAUGAGGGCGACGGACAACUCCUCCCAGCCCGUCAUCGGUGCUCCCUGGUCACCCGAGCCCUCGGAGAGCUUCUCCAACGCGCUGUCCCCACGCCACGCUCGGAGUCCCAUGGAUCCCCUGAUGUCCGUCAAAGCCUUCGCCGGCCCCCUGAGCCCCUCCAAAGCGGACGAGUUCCGGCGGGCGUGGAAGACGCCACCCAGGGACAGAGCGGAGCAAGUUCACCACAUCCUCAAGUCUGACCCUGACCGCGGCGUGGAGAGGGUGGGCAGGAACCUGGCUCAUGAGUUCGGCCACGCCUGGGCAGAGUACUGGGACUUCCUGGACUGCUUCGUGGACCUGGCCUCACAGGAAGGCCUGCGGAAGUUUGAGGACUACCUCGGCAGGAAGGACUUCAGGCAGCGGGCGCACGAAGAGGCCGGGGAGAACGAGACCAGGAACCGCUUCAGGACGCCGUCCCCAGGGAAGCCCAAGAAGUUCUGCAACUCCAUCUCCGUGGGCGCCUUCCUGGACGAGGGCGACGACCUCAGCCGCGAGGAGAUGAAGAACCGGCAGAACGCGGCGCUCACCAGCAUCAGCUCGGCGGCCGGCGCCCGGGACCGCCGCGGCGCCGACCUCAUCGAGACGGCGGCCGAGGUGGACCUGCUGUGCGGCGGCGAGGGCCUGCUGCUGUCCCCCGGCGGCGCGGCGGCGUGCGGCAUCGAGCUCUGCGCGUCCCCCCUGGCGUCCGGCGGCGGCGGCGGCGGCGGGCGGGACGGGACUCCCAACGGGGACACGGCGUCCUGCUCCCGCCUCUCGCCGUCGUCCUCCGCAAUGCUGCUGCUGUCGCCCGUCUCCGACCUCACGCUGGAGUUCGAGCACAUGUCCCUGGGGGGCUCCGCCGGCGGGGGCGGGGUCCGGGAGCGGAGGAGCAGCGGAGGCGGCCGGCACAGGGAGCUGCGGGACUCCUCCUCCUCCUCCAGCCCGCCCCCAGCCCCCCUCGCCGCGGCCCAGCUGAGCUGCGGGCUGGGCCGUCUCUCGCUGGGCCGCGCCGAGGACGAGGGGCAGCCGGCCGGGGGGAAGAGGUGCAGCGGCGGCAGCAGCAGCUCGGAGGAGUUCCUGGAGGCCCAAGAGAACCUGGACGGUCCGCUGGGCCAGAGGACUAGGGGGGCGGACUCGGGGCGCACCCUCUGCGCCCGCUCCAAGUCGUGGGACCACGGCGGGCGGGACCUGAGCAGCUCGGGCUCGUCGGGGUCCUACAAGUCCUUCAACAGCUCCAACGAGUUCCUGAGCAGGACGCCUCCUCCCCCACGCAUCAGGAAGAGCCUCUUCAUUGAAGGGGAUGUUCCCACCAAGCUGGACAGCGAGGUCCUGUUAGCAAUAGAAGCCAUAGAUGUCAGCCCCCAGCAGUUCCCCGGCAUUCACAAGUGGAAGAGCACAAUGCAGAGCUACUCAAAAUCAGACAUGCAAAGCUGGCCCAGCCCUGCGGUGGUGAAACACCGACCCAGGAUGCCACCGCACACACCCAGCUCCCCCGCCAGCGGCAUGGGGCCCCCCGCCGGCCGCUUCAGCCCGGCCCGGCUCGGCCCCUCCACGCCAGACUUCAGCCCUGGCCGCUACAGCCCGGCCCACGCCAGCUCUUUGCACCGCAUCCGCCUCAAACACUUCAACCCCCUCUAGCUGCGUCCCCUUUCCCCAGAACCCCUCCCCCUAUUUCUGGAACCCCCGGUUGCGUAGAUGCCUCCCCCUUUCCAGUACAGCUCCGCCACUCCCCGCCCCGAUGAGUAGCACCAGCGCUCAGAAACCCCCCCCCCCCCCCCCCAACGGAAUUAUGCACAAGCGUCUCAAAUUGUUUGUAGAAAUUGUGAAUGGUACUUAAUAAGCCCAUACAGCGUACAGGAAUCAUCAUCGCAUAAGGUUGUGAUGUGCACGUUGGACUGAUGGGUAAAAAGAAAAGUGAGGUUUCCUGUGAGGUGUGAGGAAGUCAAUAUUUUAAUGUUUUUUUUUGUACGUGAGUCAGUAGCACAAAGGGUUAGUGUUUUUAACGUGUAAAGUAACUGCCAGUACCUGUGUUGUCCUCGGUUAAGGAAAUCGCCUUACUUUUUUCGAUCAAUGGACAUUUGGUUAAAUAUAAACCACCCGUCAUUCUGUCCAGCCGUUCUUGACGUCAGACGCUGGGCAGCCGUGUUGGGCACUGCUGUGGACAUUGGCACCCAAUUAAUUUAACUUGACAUGUGUACAUUGGUCAACAUUUUACUGGGUUUUAGAUAAACCGUUCUUUUUGUCUCCUACCAGUAACGGCAGCCUUGAAUUGACAUUUUUGUUAAAUAUAAAUCAGACUGAGCAGCGCGCACUGUAUGAGUUUGGAUAGAAAAACGAUGUAUACACUUUUUAAGUCCGUUUUUUCCGGCUACACAUCAGAACCGGUCAGGCCGCGUCCAUGAGGAAGAGAAUGUAUAUUUCCGUGUAACUGAAGCCUUCAUUGGAGAGCACAAGACUACUUCAUUAAAAGGAUUGUAUCGCUGUAAUUGUGCUCUCAGGUGACAAAGAUCUUAUCCUGGUCUCAAUGUUUUGAAUGUGGAACGUUGCAAAAAAAAAAAAUGCACCUAAAUACUUAAACUUGCUAAUUGUGCUUUUGGCAUUCUAUGCUUUAUAAAAAAGGAAAAUACUUUCAUGGUGAUGGCGCGUUUUCUGUAUGUCUAGAUUGUUUGCUUUCGACUAAUAAAAUUUCACCCCGUACGUAACUUGCCACUGCAUUCUCGCCUGCUUCCAAAUAUUCUGCCCGUGUAAAGCAUAAGUCAACUACA